AUGGAUGCUCACGCGCUAGAGCCUAUAGCCAUCGUUGGCAUGGGAUGUCGCUUCCCAGGAUCUGCCAACUCGCCUUCCAAACUGUGGGAGCUUCUGAGGUCGCCCCGCGAUCUUGCCCAGCGCAUUCCGAAGCAGAGAUGGAAUCUCGACAAAUUCUACCACCCGACAGGCAGCCAUCACGGCACCACAAACGUAACGGAAUCCUACUUCCUGGACGAGCAAGAUGACAUUCGACAUUUUGACACAAAGUUCUUCGGCGUGGGCACCGCAGAAGCAGAGGCCAUGGACCCCCAGCAUCGCAUGCUGCUCGAGGUCGUGUACGAAGCCAUGGAACACGGGGGGUUCACGCUCUCCUCGCUCCAAAACUCGGACACGGCCGUCUACGUCGGCAUGAUGUGCACCGACUACAACAUCACGUUGGGGCUCGACUCGACAUUCAUUCCACAAUACACGGCCACCGGCGUCUCGCCUAGCAACGCCUCCAGCCGCAUUUCCUACUACUUCAACUGGCAUGGCCCGUCAAUGACAAUCGACACGGCGUGUUCAUCCAGUCUGGUUGCCGUCCACCAAGCAGUAGACCAACUGCGAACAGGACGCUCCCGUGUGGCCGUGGCGUGCGGUACCAAUCUGAUGAUCAAUGUCUCCCCUUACCUGACGGAAAGCAAGCUAAACAUGCUCUCCCCCACCGGCCGCUCGCGCAUGUGGGAUGCCGACGCCGACGGCUACGCGCGCGGCGACGGCAUAGCGACGGUGCUUCUCAAGCGGCUGAGCGACGCCAUUGCCGACGGCGACGCGAUCGAAGGCAUCAUCCGCAACACGGGCUUCACGCACGAUGGGCGAACGCUAGGGAUUACCAUGCCCAGCGGUCAGGCGCAGGCGGACCUGAUCAGGCGGACGUACGAAGAAGCCGGGCUGGACUUGGCGAACAGGGCCAACUGGCCGCAAUUCUUCGAGGCGCACGGAACGGGAACCCCCGUCGGCGACCCUCAGGAGGCGUCGGCGCUCGCGUCGGCCUUUUACCCGGAUGGCGACAACGCCUAUGAGCAAGACGACCGGCUUCUCGUGGGCUCUAUCAAGACCCUCGUAGGCCACACAGAGGGCACGGCCGGGCUCGCGGGUCUUUUAAAGGGUUGUCUUGCUCUCAAGCAUGCCGAGAUCCCGCCCAACCUGUUGUUCAAUCGGCUAUCUCCCGGGGUAGCGCCGUACUACAAGCACUUGUGCAUCCCGACGGAGCUGCGGCCGUGGCCGGCAGUGCCCGGAAACCAACCGAGGAGAGCCAGUGUGAACAGUUUUGGCUUCGGAGGCACUGAUGCCCAUGCCAUCUUGGAAAGCUACGAGGAGAGGUCGCCCUCCGGGCAGAGGAUAGGGGAGAGUAGCCGUGCUCCGGUAGUAGUGCUGCCUUUUAUGUUUUCCGCUGCUUCCGAGGACGCACUGAGCGGGUUGCUCGCCAAGUACGAGUCCUACCUCGAGGAUCACCCGGACGUCAACCUCGACAAUUUGGGAUACACGCUCGGCUGCAGACGAUCUGCCCUGCCUUACAAGGUGGCACUGACGGCUUCAACGGCGUCCGAUCUCGCAGACAAGAUUCGUGAUGUGGUCCGUAAAGGAAAGGAAGAUGAGAGCGACGAUAGGAUGGGAUCAUGGGGGAGAACAUCCGCGGAGCCAUCCACAUCGUACCUGGGAAUCUUCACCGGACAGGGCGCGCAGUGGCCGAGGAUGGGGGUUGAGUUGAUCGCCGCCUCUCCGGUUGCCUCGUCCGUCCUAGCCGACCUGCAAGCAUCCCUCGAUACAUUGCCCGUCGAGCACGACCGGCCCAGUUGGAAACUCAUCGACCAGCUAUCUGCCCCAGACGACAUCUCCCGAGUCGCAGCCGCCGACGUAGCGCAGCCACUGUGCACCGCCGUGCAGAUCAUCCUUGUUCAUCUUCUACGGCUGGCCGGCAUCCAGUUUGAAGCUGUCGUCGGCCAUUCCUCUGGGGAGAUUGCUGCCGCGUACGCGGCCGGCCUACUCUCCGCCACGGAUGCCAUCCGCGUCGCCUACUACCGUGGCUUGUGGGUGACGCGUCAACAUGGCGGGGGUGAAAAGGGUGCCAUGCUCGCCGUGGGAACAUCUCACGAAGACGCCGCGGCCCUCUGCGAGUCCGAAGAUAUGGAAGGGCGCAUCACCGUGGCCGCCGUCAACUCCCCCUCCAGCGUGACCUUGUCCGGGGACGAAAGUGCCGUCUUACAGGCCAAGUCCGUUUUCGAGGAGGAGGGCAAGUUCUGCCGGCUCCUCCGCGUAGACAAGGCGUACCAUUCACAUCACAUGCUUGCCUCUGCGAAGGCGUAUGAGGAGUCUCUGAUUGCCUGCGGCAUCAAGUGUCCCACGCCCAAUGAAGACGCGGGUGCCGUUCGGUGGUACUCGAGCGUCGACGGCGGCGGCGGUAUUCUGAUGGCUCCGGACGCCGGUAUCGACGCCACGUAUUGGGUGCGCAACAUGACGAGCCCGGUCCUGUUUUUGAGUGCUCUCAAGGCAGCGCUCGCCGCGCACCCUGGCGUCAACGUCGCCAUCGAAGUCGGGCCGCAUCCGGCCUUGAAGGGGCCGGCGACGGACAUCGUCCAGACAGUUGGAAACGGGCUGGCCGGCAACCCUCUUCCAUACUUUGGGACCCUUCAACGCGGCGUGAACGACGUCGAUGCUUUCUCCGAGCUGCUGGGAGGCCUGUGGACACUCCGCGGUCCAGAACCUCUGCGCCUGCAGGCUUAUCAGGAAUCCUUUGGUGCCGGACGCGCUCGGCUCCUGUCCGACCUGCCGACAUACGCGUGGGAUCACGACAGGCCACUCUGGUGGGAGGCUCGGUCGACGCGGAACUUUCUCCGACAAGAGGACGUGUUCCACGACCUGCUCGGUAGCAAAACCUCGGACGCCUCUGCCGAGGAGUGGAAAUGGGUCAACUGGCUCAAGCCAGACGAGAUCCCCUGGCUCUCUGGGCACUCGCUCCAGGGGCAACAGGUGUUCCCGGGAGCCGGUUACCUCGUCAUGGCAGUCGAGGCCUGCAUGAGGCUGGCUGGCAAACACUCGGUGCGGCUGCUCGAGUUCAACAACAUCGACAUCAGAAAGGCCUUGGCUAUUCCCAACGCCGGGACGGAGACCGUGGUGGCUCUGUCGGGCAUCCGUUGGGCCAUGCAACAGAGCGACAACACCGCCGCAGAGGCCGUCAAAGGCACCAUCGCCGCCCGGUUCACCUGCUCAUCGCCCCCAAGCAAGGAGGCCAACGAGCUGCUGCUCAACUGCUGUUGCGAGGUGCUCAUCACCCUCGGGCAACACGACCCGGACAUGCUCGCACCUCGGGCCGGCGCGCCUCUUGCCAUGGCUGACGUGGCAGUGGACGACUUCUACGCCGCCAUGACGAAGCUAGGCUACUACUACGAGGGGCCUUUCAAGUGCAUCACCAGCCUGCAGCGCAAGCUGGACGUCUCGAGCGGCACCGUCCGCCGACCCGUCGUCGAGCCUGAUAGCACCGAGACGCCGUUGCUCAUCCACACCGGCAUGCUAGACAGCGUCCUCCAGGCCCUCUUCGCGGCCUACUCGGCCCCGGGAGACAACCGCCUCUGGUCGAUGCACGCGCCCCGCGAGAUCAAACGAAUUCGCAUCAACCCUGGUCUGCUAUCGGCGGCGGCGGCGGCACAGCCCAGCGCCGCGCACGAAGAGCACCUCCUGGCCUUCGACACGGUCUUGACGGACGCGACGCAACGGAACCGCAUGGUGGGCGAUGUCGACCUGUACACGACGGGCUAUGGGCAGAAGCUGUUGGAGAUCGAGGGUCUGGCCUUUGUGCCGCUCUCCAAGUUUGCGCCCGCCAACGACCGCCACGUGUUUGCUCAGUACGCGUGGGUAGCGGACGCUCCGAGCGGCGAGCGCGCCCUCGCCGAGACGACGGGGUUCGCCGUGGCUCCCGACGGCCUGGCAAAGGCCGAGGCCCUCGAGCGGAUAUCCUUCUUCUACCUGCGCACCAUCCGAGAAACAUUGCACGUCGAGAAGGCCAAGGACAACCGCAAUCCUCCACUCGCAGAUCACCGUCUUGGCUUGCUGCGUUGGGCGGAUCACGUCCAUCAGCUCGUCGAGAGUGGGAAGCAUCCGUACAUCCCGGCACGCUGGCUGGAGGACGACCAGCCGACCAUCGACCGCAUCAGUGCUCCGAUCGCCGACGACGCGGACGUUCAACUCGGUCUCGCAGUCGGCCGGAACCUGCCCGACGUGAUCCGCAAAGACGAGAACAUCUUGGUCCACAUGAUGGCCGGUGGUCUUCUCGACCGAUACUAUGAACAGGGUCUCGGGCUCGCGGACCUCAACAAGUGGAGCGCAAACCUCGCGCUGCAGGUCUCCCGCCGGCACCCGCAGAUGUCCAUUGUCGAAAUCGGCGCCGGCACCGGCGGGACAACCAAGGGCAUCGUGUCCGCCCUGUCAGAGUCCUUCGCCUCGUACACCUUCACCGACAUCUCGCCGAGCUUCUUCGAGAAGGCCCGGGAGAACCUGGCCGCGUGGGGAGAACGUCUCGAGUACAAGGCGCUGGACAUCGACAACGAGCCGGCCGCGCAGGGCUUCGUCACGGACAUGUACGAUCUUGCCGUUGCGGGCAACGUUCUGCACGCGACCCCUGAUCUGGGCAAGACGCUGCGGAACUGCCGCACCCUGCUGAAACCCGGUGGGUUCCUCAUGGCGGUCGAGUGUGUCGACGACACGGCCAUCCGCGCCGGCUUCGUCCAGGGCGGCUUGGAAGGCUGGUGGAUCGGUGCCGAGACGGGCCGCCCCUGGGGACCGACCGUCUCGCUCGCCGAAUGGGAUACUCUGCUGAAGGCAAGCGGAUUUGCGGGCAUCGAGACGGCCACGCCUGUCCUCAAUGGCUUAUACAACCAGGCCUCCGUUUGGAUGGCGAGAGCCAUCGACGACGACUUCCGUAUCCUGCGUGCACCAUUGGCGGCAGCAGAGUCCAAGCAAUACAUCAUCCCGGACCUGGUUCUUUUGGGCACUCGGGUAGGACGUGAUGCGGAAGCGCUGGCCAAGGGUAUUCGCAGCAUUCUCGCGUCAGCGAGUCGUGACACGGCCGCCGUCGCCAAUGUCACGGUGGAGAGGAUCCAUGAGAUCGAGUCACUCGACGCCCUUGCGCCGCAUGAUGAAGAUGGCAGAGAGGGUCUCAAGUUGCCGGAACACUGCACAUUACUCUCCCUCGUCGAGCUAAACGCUCCCGUCUUCGAGGACUUGACCAGCCACAGAUGGGAGGCUCUGAAAGGAGCGCUGACGCCGUGCUCUAGCAUCCUCUGGCUGACUGCGGGCGCGCGGAACGGCAUUGUGCCCUUUGCCUCGAUGAUGGCCGGUGUCAUCCGUACCCUUGUCAACGAGAUGGGGGUCAAGAGCUUCCAGAUGCUGGACGUCGACAAGGCCUCGGACCUGCCUGCCAACGUUGUCGCGGAUACCGUUCUGAAGCUCGCCAUACAGCACGAGUGGAAGGCCAAGAGGGUCCAGAAGAACAUGACAUGGACCCUUGAGCCCGAGUACGCGUUCGAGGACGGCGUCCUCAAGGUUCUGAGAGUGGUUCCGGAUCCCGCGAGGAACGACAGAUACAACUCGCUCCAUCGACGCGUGACCAAGUUCAUCGGGCUCCCGCGCGGUGGGGACCUGUCCGUAACGGCGGCUGCGCCUCUUGUCAGAGCGUCGUGGAACGAGGCAGAGACAUGCUGGAACCUGAGGGAAGAAGCUCGCGAGGGCAUCCAGACGGAUUUGGACGUGUUCACCGACGCCGGUGCGCAGACUGAGGAUAUGAUGGUCAUGGACGUCGACUAUGCCCUCUUGUCAUCCGUCCGCACACCCGCCGGCUGGCUACAUCUCGUCGUUGGCCACGAUGCUGCUCUUCGUGGCGACGGCACUCGAUACGUCUGCGUGGCGCCGAAGCACGCCUCGACCGUUGUAGUGCCCAGGGCAUGCGCGAUCCCCACAAGCGGUGAGAGCAUCAUCCAGCCCUUCUUGUCGUACGUGGCGGGGUUUCUGUUCUGCCACAGGCUGUUCGAGGUGAUCCCUCCCAGGGGCAGCGUGCUUCUCCACAGCCCCGACGCCGUCUUCGCCGGCAUCUUCGCCAAGCUCGCGGGAGAGAGGCAGAUCAACGUCCGCUUCACGUCGGCCGAACCCGUCAAAGCAAGCAAGCAAAACUGGAUCUGCCUACACCCACGGUCGCCGGGUCGGGUCAUUGCCGCCGCCAUCCCCAAGAAGCUGGACGUCUUUGUCGACAUGUCCGAAUACGGCCUUGUCGCGGAUGGUGACAGCCAUGUCUACAAGUUGGACGGCGGGGGCCCCGAGUACGCCUUGUCGGCCACGCUGCGAGAGAACUUGCCCUCGCACACUGCCCGUUACGACAUGUCGUUGUUCUUGGCCGCGCAGGCGGAGCCGGUGCAGACGUUCGCCGCCACUGCGACCGCCUCCGGCUGCAAUCUCGAGCCCGUUGCGCGGCUUCUGCGGGACGGUAACAAGCUGGCGACAGACUUGCUCUACGACAUCCCGGAUGGUAUGCCGCUGGAAAUGGUGCAUCUCAACGAGAUCUCGACAGAACAGGCGAGAUUCACGCGACCCAGGGACCUUCGCAUCAUUGACUGGGCGGAGCACGCCGAGCCAUCCUCGCCCAUGGUCAACGUCGAAGUGGAACCCAUCGACCGCCGACCUGGCCUAUUCCGCAGUGACGAGACGUAUUGGCUGGUCGGUCUCGCCGGAGACAUGGGCCGCUCGCUGUGUGACUGGAUGGUCGACCACGGCGCCCGGAACAUCGUCUUGUCGAGCAGGAACCCCAAGUUGCCUCAAGACUGGGUGGAGGCUCACGGCGCCAAGAACGGCGCACGCGUGGGCGGAGUCUCGAUGGACGUCACCUCCUUCGCAAGUACAGCGCGUGCCAAAGAUGCAAUCCUGAACGAACUCGGCUUCCCUAAGAUCACCGGCGUGGCCAACGGUGCCAUGAUCCUGCGAGACAAGCCCAUGGUCGAGACAGACUUUGAUACUCUGCAGCAGGUGCUUCGACCCAAGGUGGACGGGACGCAACAUCUCGACAAGCUCUUUUCCGAGGAGGGCGACCUUUCCUGGUUCAUCGUCCUCACCUCGUUCGCCUCCAUCAUCGGAAACAUGGGACAAAUGGCCUACUCGGCCGCCAACUGCUUCCAAACGGCGCUGGUGCGAAACCGCCGCGCCCGCGGUCUCCCGGGCAGCGCCAUCGACAUCAACAUGGUCGUCGGCGUGGGCUACGUCGAGCGGGAGCGUCGCACCGGCGGCCUCGACCGGCACGCCGCCGACCGUCUGCUGAAUCGUUCGCAGCUGCUGCCCGUGUCGGAGCCGGACCUCCAUCAGAUGUUCGCCGAGGCCGUCGUGGCCUGUCGUGAAGGCCCCGAGGUGGGCGAUUCGGAAAUCAUCACCGGUCUGCAGCACUUGACGACGGAAAAGGCUGCGGAUACCUUCUGGGGGCUGAGCCCCAAGUUCUCCCACUGGGUUCGUGAUAGAAGCGCGAGCGGGGCUCAGGGAGCAGGGUCGGCUCACCAAGAGGCGAGAGUCCCCCUCAAGGCUCGUCUGGCUCAAGCGAAUGGGCUGGAACAAGCUCUCAAGAUUGUCAAAGACGCCAUGUUGGCCAAGCUUAGACUUGCCCUGUCCACCGACAAGCUUGAUCCAAACAUGCCGUUGGUGGAUCUAGGCGUGGACUCGCUGGUGGCCGUGCUGUUGCGUAACUGGUCCAUCCAAGAGACUGGAGUGGACGUGCCGGUGCUGAAAACCCUGGGCGGAGACUCGACGUUGGAGAUCGCGCAGUUCAUCGUCGAGAACCUCGGGAUCAAUACCGACGAGGCCCUCGCCGACACUCUCAGCAUUUCAGCAUCAGACACAGGCUUUAACAGCGACAGCGCAUCCUCUUCUACACGCUCCCCGGCUUCAGAGCUAACAAGCGUCUCCAGCAAUUCCAAGUAA